AUGUGCAGUGAUUGUGGGAAGAGGUUCGCUAAUAAAACCCGUCUGAAAGACCACGUGGAUUGGGAGCAUCUCAAGAAUUUUGUGCACACCUGUACCGUAUGCCAAAAGGUCUUCAAAAGUCACACAUCGUUAUAUAUUCACAAGCAAGUGGUCCAUAAAAAGGACAGCGUGGAACAUCUGUGCGAUCACUGCGGGAAACCGUUUCCGAAUCGCACGAAGCUUCGUAUCCACAUGGUGGCGUUACACUCGGGUAAGGCUCAGUACGCAUGCGCGCGUUGCCCCGCUAAAUUCAACUGGCAAUCGUGCCUCUCACGACACUCGAGGCGAGUGCACACCACACACAACGCUUAG